GUGGUAUGUUUGGGUAUCCGCUUACGUACCGACGGGAGUAACAUGGGAACUCGCUCACACACUUUUCCCCCUUUCUCCCGACGUAGCAUGUUUUCUUGGGGGAAGUCCCUCACUUUUAUUUUCAUCCCUUCACAGUUUUUCUAUCUCGGAUUCUUGGGGCAACGCUGCGAGAAUAAUUCCUUCUUCCCACUCUUGACUUUUGUGCUACGAAUCGCCGUAUCUCUCUCUCGACCGUAGGCCGCCAACACACCAAUGGCCACUUGCAAUAUCACCACGUAUCUCGGGUUAUUUGUCUGGGCCUCUCAAAAUUGAUCGGUGACUUUUGUCGAAUGAGAUGCUUGGCGGGGGUUUUGUUUGCGGGCUGCAGAAUGGCCGACAGCCUCGCGCAUGUACGUGGUGAGGCCUACUCUAUGUGCCUCCCCGGCAGCAAAUGAAGA